UAGAAAUUUUGAAUGGAAAGGGAAUUGGAACAGAUUGACCAUAAGCUAAUGCUGCUGAAGGAACAUACAUUGACCCGAAAAGCGAUUCUGUUUCAGCAUGCGGCCGAAAUGAAGUUUCAAAAGCAGCAGGACCUCCUCUUGGAGCUAAGCAGUGAUCUGUCAGAGGAAAAACUAAAAUUGCAAGCAGCACUCAAAGAGAACUCUAGACUGGUGGAAAAGCAACAAAGGAGCGGCCAAUCAUCCUGUGAAAAGAAGAAGGCGCCACUAAAGGCAAUUUGUAAUGUAUCUCCAAAGAGCUGUACGGCAACCGAAUCGCGUUCAUCGCUUAUAAACAAGCCAAGUGUAGAGGAGAAUUACCCAGGAACAACGUUUGGCCAACGCCGGCAAAAACUGCUUCGCUGGUGUCAGGAGAAAACUAAGCCGUAUGGCCUACCCAUGUAUGAGUUCUCCACAUCCUGGCAGAGCGGCCACGCACUCUGUGCGAUAAUUCAUUCCUGCCGCCCAGAGCUGAUUGACAACAAAUACCUCAAAUGUAUGAACCGGCAGGAGACGCUGGAGUACGGGGUAAUGGUCGCUAGAUCUCUGGGAGUUCGGAGCCACAUUGAUUUCGUGUCUUUGUGUCUGCAGAAAAUACCCCAAAAUAUGAAGGUUUUCCAAUUCUUGACGGAGCUGUACAACUGCCUGGAGCACAACAGUUAAAAGUGAAAUAAUUUUAUUGUAAAUAAUAGUAG